CUAUGGGUCGAAACGUGAUGCGAUGAAUCCGAGAGAGACCGAAACUGGGACGAGGAGUGCGGCGGAAGCGGCGGGACUCCUGGGCAUGGGGGCUUCACCACAAUAGAGGCAGCAUCCCCACCCGCCCCCGCCAGCCCCUCUGGAGCAAAUCCCCCAAACCCCCUCGGGAAAAGGAUGGCGGCGGCACCUACCCAGAUCGAAGCCGAGCUGUAUUACCUGAUCGCUAGAUUCUUGCAGUCCGGACCCUGCAACAAAUCCGCUCAGGUGCUAGUGCAGGAGCUCGAGGAGCAUCAGCUUAUUCCGCGCCGCUUAGACUGGGAGGGGAGAGAGCACCGAAGAAGCUUCGAGGAUCUGGUGGCAGCCAAUGCACACAUUCCUCCAGACUACCUCCUUAAAAUUUGUGAGCGGAUUGGUCCCUUACUAGAUAAGGAGAUCCCUCAGAGUGUUCCUGGGGUACAGACAUUACUAGGUGUUGGUCGGCAGUCUCUGUUACGGGAUGCCAAAGACUGUAAGAGUACGCUAUGGAAUGGCUCUGCUUUUGCAGCUCUACAUAGAGGCAGACCUCCAGAACUACCUGUAAAUUAUGUGAAACCUCCAAAUGUGGUGAAUAUCACCUCUGCCAGGCAAUUAACCGGAUGUAGUCGCUUCAGCCAUAUUUUCCCUUCAUCUGCUUACCAGCACAUUAAGAUGCAUAAGAGAAUUCUGGGGCACUUGUCAUCUGUCUACUGUGUAGCAUUUGACCGAAGUGGGAGAAGAAUUUUUACAGGUUCAGAUGACUGUUUGGUGAAAAUUUGGGCAACAGAUGAUGGGCGCCUUCUUGCUACACUUCGAGGGCACUCUGCUGAAAUUUCUGACAUGGCUGUUAACUAUGAAAACACUCUCAUUGCCGCAGGCAGCUGUGAUAAAGUUGUAAGAGUGUGGUGUCUUCGAACUUGUGCACCAGUUGCAGUCCUUCAGGGACAUUCAGCUUCUAUUACUUCCAUACAGUUUUGUCCAUCAACUAAAGGCACAACCAGAUACCUCACUUCUACUGGUGCUGACGGAACUAUCUGUUUCUGGCAAUGGCAUGUAAAAACAAUGAAGUUUAAAGAUCGCCCAGUGAAAUUUACUGAGAGAUCUAGACCUGGAGUUCAGAUAUCUUGUUCAUCUUUCAGCUCUGGUGGUAUGUUCAUUACAACAGGUAGCACCGACCAUGUGAUUAGAAUAUAUUAUUUGGGUUCUGAGAUCCCUGAGAAAAUUGCUGAAUUAGAGUCACAUACGGACAAGGUUGUUGCUGUUCAGUUCUGUAACAAUGGAGACAGUUUAAGAUUUGUUAGUGGAAGUAGAGAUGGAACGGCAAGAAUUUGGCAAUAUCAGCAACAAGAGUGGAAGAGUAUAGUGCUAGAUAUGGCUACUAAAAUGACUGGGAAUAAUUUGCCAUCUGGAGAAGACAAGGUCACUAAACUUAAGGUGACUAUGGUGGCCUGGGAUCGCUAUGAUACCACAGUUAUUACUGCAGUGAACAAUUUCCUUUUGAAAGUAUGGAAUUCUAUCACAGGCCAACUUCUUCAUACUUUAUCCGGACAUGAUGAUGAAGUAUUUGUUUUGGAAGCACAUCCAUUUGAUCAAAAGAUCAUACUUUCGGCAGGUCAUGAUGGGAACAUUUUUAUUUGGGACCUUGACCGGGGGACCAAAAUUCGGAAUUAUUUUAACAUGAUUGAAGGUCAAGGCCAUGGUGCAGUGUUUGACUGUAAAUUUUCACCAGAUGGAAACCAUUUUGCCUGCACUGAUUCUCAUGGGCAUUUGCUGCUUUUUGGAUUUGGAUGCAGUAAAUACUAUGAAAAGAUUCCAGAUCAGAUGUUCUUCCAUACGGAUUAUCGACCUCUUAUCCGUGAUGCCAACAACUAUGUAUUGGAUGAACAAACCCAACAAGCUCCUCAUCUCAUGCCUCCCCCAUUCUUGGUGGAUGUUGAUGGAAAUCCUCAUCCCACAAAAUUCCAAAGGCUAGUACCAGGACGGGAAAAUUGUAAAGAUGAACAGCUUAUACCACAGCUGGGAUAUGUGGCUAAUGGUGAUGGUGAAGUAGUAGAACAGGUAAUUGGGCAACAAACCAAUGACCAAGAUGAGAGCAUUCUUGAUGGAAUAAUCAGGGAGUUACAAAGAGAACAAGAUCUGAGGCUAAUUAAUGAAGGAGAUGUUCCACAUUUUCCACUUAAUAGAUCAUAUUCUUCUAAUGGUGCUCUGAGAAAUCCAAAUAUGGACAUAUCUUCUUCCCCAAACAUUGGACUCCGACGUAGUGGUCAAAUUGAAGGUGUCCGACAAAUGCAUAACAAUGCUCCUAGAAGCCAGAUGGCCACUGAAAGAGAUCUCAUGGCAUGGAGCAGAAGAGUGGUGGUCAAUGAACUAAAUAAUGGAGUUAGUAGGGUUCAGGAAGAAUGUCGAACUGCUAAAGGUGACAUAGAAAUCAGUCUUUAUACAGUCGAAAAGAAGAAAAAGCCAUCUUAUGCUACCCAAAGGAAUGAUUAUCCGCCUAGCUGUGGGCGGUCUUUACGAAGGACACAACGCAAACGUCAGCAUACUUACCAAACACGAUCCAACAUAGAGCAUAAUUCACAAGCAUCAUGUCAAAAUUCAGGUGUACAGGAAGACUCAGAUAGCUCCUCAGAGGAAGAUGAAACAGUUGGCACAAGUGAUGCUUCUAUAGAGGAUCCUGUUAUUGAAUGGCAAAGUGAAAGUUCCUCCAGUGAUUCAUCAAGUGAAUAUUCUGAUUGGACAGCAGAUGCUGGAAUAAAUUUGCAACCUCCAAAAAGGCAAACGAGACAGGCAACACGGAAAAUAUGCAGCAGCUCUGAGGAGGAGAAUUUGAAGUCACUUGAAGAACGGCAAAAGAAACCUAAACAGACUAGAAAGAAGAAAGGAGGACUGGUUUCUAUGGCAGGUGAGCCCAGUGAAGAAUGGUUUGCCCCUCAGUGGAUCUUGGAUACCAUACCACGACGUUCCCCGUUUGUCCCACAGAUGGGAGACGAGCUUAUAUAUUUUAGGCAAGGACAUGAAGCUUAUAUACGGGCUGUAAGAAAAUCAAAAAUAUACAGCGUUAACCUACAAAAACAGCCAUGGAAUAAAAUGGAUCUCAGGGAACAAGAAUUUGUUAAGAUUGUAGGAAUCAAAUAUGAGGUUGGACCACCUACACUGUGCUGCUUGAAGCUUGCAUUUCUGGACCCCAUUUCAGGCAAAAUGACUGGAGAAUCUUUUUCCAUUAAGUAUCAUGACAUGCCAGAUGUCAUUGACUUCCUUGUGCUACAUCAGUUUUAUAAUGAAGCCAAAGAAAGGAACUGGCAGAUUGGUGAUAGAUUCCGCAGUAUAAUAGAUGACGCCUGGUGGUUUGGGACCGUGGAGAGUCAGCAGCCUUUUCAACCAGAGUAUCCUGAUAGUUCUUUCCAGUGUUACAGUGUUCACUGGGACAAUAACGAGAGAGAAAAGAUGAGUCCCUGGGAUAUGGAACCAAUUCCAGAAGGAACUGCCUUUCCAGAUGAAGUUGGUGCUGGUGUUCCUGUGUCCCAGGAGGAAUUGACUGCUUUGCUAUACAAACCUCAGGAAGGAGAGUGGGGGGCUCAUUCCAGAGAUGAGGAAUGUGAACGAGUUAUUCAGGGCAUCAACCACCUUCUUUCCCUGGAUUUUGCCAGCCCUUUUGCUGUUCCAGUGGAUCUCAGUGCCUAUCCCUUGUAUUGUACUGUAGUUGCUUAUCCAACUGACCUCAACACCAUCAGGCGGAGACUUGAAAAUCGCUUUUACAGGAGAAUAUCAGCAUUAAUGUGGGAAGUACGCUACAUUGAGCAUAAUGCUAGGACUUUCAAUGAGCCAGACAGUCCUAUAGUUAAAGCAGCCAAAAUUGUAACUGAUGUCUUACUUCGCUUUAUUGGGGAUCAGAGCUGUACUGAUAUACUGGAUACUUAUAAUAAAAUUAAAGCAGAAGAACUAAACAGUACUGAUGCAGAGGAGGAUACAGAAAUGGUUGAUUUAGAUUCAGAUGGUCCUGGUACUUCAUCUGGAAGAAGGGUCAAAUGCCGAGGCAGAAGACUGUCUUUAAAGUGUAAUCCUGAUGCUUGGAGAAAACAAUGCACAGAACUGUUGGGCCUCAUUUAUGAACGUGAAGACUCAGAGCCAUUUCGACAGCCAUCUGAUCCUCUUUCCUACCCAGGCCAUCAAGAGCAAGAGGGCGAAUCCUCUGAGUCAGUUAUUCCAGAACGACAACAAGAUCCAUCUCUUUGUGAGGAUUGUCAUGUUAUAGACACUCCUAUGGACUUCAGCACUGUGAAAGAAACUUUGGAAGCAGGAAACUAUGGUAGUCCUCUGGAAUUUUAUAAGGAUGUUCGCCAAAUAUUCAGCAACUCCAAAGCUUAUACCUCUAAUAAAAAGUCAAGGAUCUAUAGCAUGACAUUGCGAUUAUCUGCCUUAUUUGAAAGUCAUAUUAAAAAUAUCAUCUCUGAAUAUAAGUCAGCAAUCCAGAGUCAGAAGAGGAGAAGGCCACGGUACAGAAAACGUCUAAGAAGCAGCAGCAGUUCAUUAUCUAGUAGCAGAGCUCCUAGUCCAAAAGGGAAACAGAAACAAAUGAAGUUACAGCCUAAAAAUGACCAGAAUACCUCAGUGUCUUAUGCCAGGACUAGCUCUCCUUUCUCAUCUCCUGUUUCAGAUGCUGCUGAAGGGCUGUCACUGUAUUUACUUGAUGAUGAACUGGAUGGGCCAUUUUCUUCAUCGAGCUUCAGUGGAUAUAGCCGAAGUGGAAAUAGCCAUGACCCAGGGAAAGCCAAAUCAUUUCGAAAUAAAGUUUUGCCGAUUAAACAAGAUCACUCCCUUGAUGGACCCCUUACAAAUGGUGAUGGCAGAGAGCCCCGGGCAGGAAUCAAGAGAAAACUACUUAGUGCAUCAGAAGAAGAUGAGAGCAUGGGAAGAGAAGAGAAAGAGAAAAAAGAAACAAAUGAGAAAUCACAUUUAUCUUCCUCAGAGAGUGGAGAGUUAGGAUCCAGUUUAAGUUCUGAAAGUACCUGUGGUUCUGAUUCUGACUCUGAAUCAACUUCCAGAACAGAUCAAGAUUACGUAGAUGGAGACCAUGACUAUAGCAAAUUCAUACAAACUAGGCCUAAAAGAAAACUCAGAAAGCAAUAUGCCAAUGGAAAAAGAAACUGGAAGACGAGAGGCACGGGAGGAAGAGGCAGAUGGGGCAGAUGGGGUAGAUGGAGUAGAGGAGGCAGAGGAAGAGGAGGCAGGGGACGAGGCAGUCGAGGAAGAGGAGGUGGCACGAGAGGGAGAGGGAGAGGGAGAGGAGGAAGAGGUGCCUCUAGAGGAGCCACCAGAGCCAAACGUGCACGUAUUGCAGAUGAUGAAUUUGAUACUAUGUUUUCAGGACGUUUCAGUAGACUGCCUCGAAUUAAAACAAGAAACCAAGGCAGGAGGACUGUUUUAUAUAAUGAUGAUUCUGAUAAUGACAAUUUUGUGUCCACUGAAGAUCCUCUAAAUCUUGGUACAUCCAGAUCAGGCAGAGUCCGUAAAAUGACAGAAAAAGCCAGGGUUAGCCAUCUCAUGGGAUGGAAUUAUUAACAGUUAAUAAAUUUAGAAUAAUUUUAAAAAUUUAAUGGCCUUCUACUGCAGGGAAUUUACCAGGAAAUCUACAAAGCAAGUUGUGUGGGGACUUCUGCUUCCUUUCACAUUGGUGCUUUUCCAUUAUGCCAGUAUACAUUUGUUUCAAGACUUUUGAUCUCCACACUUCAUUUGUUCAAACAAGCCUUACUCAUUAGGCCUUAAAUUAAAAAAAAAUCUACACACACACACACACACACACACACACACACACACACACACACACCACAGACACACUACAGAUUUACUACAUGAAGGGAGCAUUCAGCUUCUUAAGAGUAGCAUGACAUUUUUAUCUCAAUGGAAUAUCCCUCUUUUGCUUUUGUAUCACAGAAGUAUAGCACCUUCUUACAGAGUUUUAUAUAGUUUGUUUUUGCCAUUUUGAUUCCUGUACCAGUAAUAAUAACUUUUGCACAAUACACCAAUCCUAAAGGCAGCUAUUAAAUGUUUACAGUUUCUAUAUUGUAAGAACGAUCUGGAUUAUUUUACUCUUCCCAGGCCAAACUUUCAUGAAUUGUACUGAACUGAAGUAUAUAUUUAUACUACAGUUUUUUUGGGGGGUGGGGGAUUCUUAAUAUGCUUUUCAUUGAUUUGCUUAAUUCAUGUUAAAGGUGAGAAAGGGUUGGUGCCUUGUAAAUAUGUAGCAAAUCUUUGUGGUGUGUCCUGAUGUGUGCAUUAACUUUAUUAAAAAAGGAAUACUUGAGGUAUCAAUCUAGACAAGGUGCCAAAUGCAAAAGUUUCUUGCAUCCAUUUUCUUUUUCCUAUUAUAUUUUAUUGCAUUAAUAGAACUUGUGUAGCUUAAAAAAUAACUUAAACAUUUGAA